AACAGUUAUUCACAACUGUUCAUUCGUGUAGUUCCCAAAGCCUCACUUUCCCAUAAUGCGUUGCGUUUGUUUGACUUUUGAACUCUGGAUAAAAACAAGCCGAUCAGCUGAUGUAAAAGCAACAACAUCAACAGGGGUCUGACACCAAAUAGCUCUGCUAGCUGAGUUUCUCACUAACGUUAGCUGUCUGUGUCGGUCUGUCGGCGGUGCUAGACUGAAUACGUGUCCACUUUUAGACCGUGAUGAGGCAGCACUUUAGUUCACCAGUCAGUCGACGUCGGUCGGACCAGUAGCCACUGCUAGUCCUAGUUGGUGUUAGUAACCUGUCGACCUGUCCUGUUGGGGUUGAGAUGAGUGGUCAGGGUCCAGCUGUAGACAAAGGGAUGAACACUGUCCUGGGCUGUCAGGAGAGCUACGCCUGUGGAGGUUCAGACGAGGCAGCGUUUGAAUGUGAUGAAUGCGGCAGCUUGCAAUGUGUCCGUUGUGAACUGGAGCUUCAUCGCCAGGAGCGGAUGAGGAAUCACGACCGGGUUCGGAUUGCACCGGGACACGUUCCUUUCUGUGACUCGUGCAAAGGUGACAGCAGCUGCCCUGUCAACGGAGGGCGUCUCAGAGCGGUGGUGCGCUGCCAGGGCUGUAAGAUCAACCUGUGUUUGGACUGCCAGAAACGCACCCACAGCGGAGUCAACAAGAGGAAGCACCCUCUGACACCUUACCCACCCGCCAAGGCUCCACAGGAUAACAGUAUAGGUGCAGGGGAUUCUCAGAUGGAGAUCCUGAAGGCAGAGCUAGAGAAAGUAUGCAGCUUCCUUUUGGUGGAUGAGAGGGAGGAGAUGCAGGUAAAGAAUGAAGAGGAAUUUGUGAGCAGACUGGGCUGCAAGCCGGAUGAGCUCCUUAAGGUGGUGUCCAUCUUUGGAAACACUGGGGAGGGCAAGUCCCACACUCUGAACCACACAUUUUUCCUUGGAAGAGAGGUUUUCAAAACCUCACCCACUCAAGAGUCAUGCACUGUGGGUGUAUGGGCAGCUAUGGACCCUGUGCACCGGGUGGUGGUAAUCGACACUGAAGGCCUUCUAGGAGCUGGGGCCAAUCAGGGCCAGCGAACAAGACUACUCCUCAAAGUCUUAGCCAUAUCUGAUGUGGUCAUCUACAGAACCCAUGCAGACCGUCUCCAUGAUGAUCUCUUCAAGUUUCUUGGUGAUGCGUCAGAUGCCUACCUAAAGCAUUUCACGAAGGAGCUGAAGGCGACCACCACCCGCUGUGGUCUGGAUGUCCCAUUGUCCACUCUAGGCCCUGGAGUUAUCAUUUUCCAUGAGACGGUCCACACCAAGCUGUUAGGGUCAGACAAACCGUCUGAAUCAGCUGAGCGUCUUCUCCAGGAGCGUUUCAGAAAACUAGGUCUGUUUCCAGAAGCAUUCAGCUCCAUCCAGUACCGUGGAACGCGGACCUACAACCCCCCCACAGAUUUCAGCGGUUUGCUGCGCAGCCUGGAGCAACAACUGGAUAACAACACCACCCGCUCUCCACGCUCCGCUAGUGUUAUCUACAAGGCUCUGCAGGCGCUGAGUGAGAGCUUCAGUGGGGAGAUCCCUGAUGAGCACAUGACUAGUAACUCCUUCUUCCCUGAUGAGUACUUCACCUGCUCAUGUCUCUGCCUCAGCUGUGGUUCAGGCUGUAAGAGAAGCAUGAAUCACCUGAAGGAAGGACUUGACCAUGAAGCCAAACAUCGCUGCCGCUACUCCGCCCAGUACGACAACCGCAUCUACACCUGCAAGGCCUGCUAUGAAGGAGGGAAGGAGGUUAUAGUUGUUCCAAAGACAACUGCGUCAUCGGACUCACCAUGGUUUGGUCUGGCCAUUUAUGCCUGGUCUGGGUAUGUCAUAGAGUGCCCAAACUGUGCGGUGAUCUAUAGAAGCAGACAGUACUGGUAUGGAAACCAGGACCCAGUGGAAACAGUUGUGCGGACAGAGAUCCAUCAUAUCUGGCCUGGGUCCGAUGGAUUUUUGAAAGACAACAACAAUGCUGCUCAGAGGUUGCUGGAUGGAGUCAAAUACAUUUCUCAGUCUGUGUCCGAACUCAGCGUCAAACCUGCCAAAGCAGUUACCUCCUGGCUUACCGAUCAGAUUGCUCCUGCGUACUGGAAACCCAACUCCCUUAUCCUGAACUGCUCCAAAUGUGCUGAAGAGUUCCAGCCGAAUGACACAAAGCACCAUUGUCGUGCGUGUGGUGAGGGCUUCUGUGACUCCUGCUCCUCAAAAACCAGACCCGUCCCAGAGAGGGGCUGGGGUCUAGCCCCUGUUCGAGUGUGCGAUGCCUGUUUCCACAACAGAGGAAUCUCAACUGAGCUGCUGGAUGCUGCCUUGGAGGAGGAGGGGGGUACCCUGAUAGCCAGGAAGGUCGGAGAGGCGGUUCAGAACACUUUAGGAGCUGUAGUUGGUGCCAUUGACAUACCUCUUGGCCUGGUGAAGGACGCGGCUCGCCCAGCUUACUGGGUCCCAGAUCAGGACAUCGUCUCCUGCAGCGAGUGCCAGCGGGAGUUCUCCCCUCGCCUCUCCAUCCAUCACUGUCGUGCCUGUGGGCAGGGUGUGUGUGACGACUGCUCUCAGGAGCGUCGUGCGGUGCCCUCCCGUGGCUGGGACCACCCGGUGAGGGUCUGUAACAGCUGCAACCAGAAACCUGGAGAGCUCUAGCAGGACGAGGAGGCUGAGGCCAACAGCCUCCAACACUGAAAACUGGAAAUACUGUUUCGACUUCAAGGCUAUUAUAUUUUUUUUAUCGCCACUGGAGCGGGUGUGGCAGGUUGGACUCUGAGUAUCAUUUUUAAAGCUGUCCUCGCAUCACAUCAGUCCCAAUUUCACUUAAAUUUGCCUCUAAUUUACACUGUGAAGUAUACCAGUCAGACUGAAUCUUUAAUAUCAAGAAGUUAGUAAGUUAAAGGACCUUUAGGUGAAAGUCAGACAAAUUUCCGUCCUUUAAAACUGAUCCCCAUGCACAUGAAGCCCUGACACCUUUGACAAUCCUUCCCUGUGUAACUAGAGCACCUUUUGUCGUCAGAUACUACAUGUUAACCAGUUUAUUAUCAGAAGUACUGACAGAGCAUCUUAAUCUGACUUUAGGUUUGCACUUUGAUUCUCAAAGCUCUGGAUGUAGCAUUCAGUGUUCGCUAUAGAGGAAAACAACAGAUAACUUGAAAAUUAAUCCACCUCAAUUGAAUGGAUGUCAGCCAGCUUCCCUCUGCUUUUCUUGAUUCAAACAAUCGGAAGCCAAUGAUGAACUGUAGCACAGAGAUGCAUUCCAACUAAAAUAAUAAUGACUUAGUGUUUCCUACUUACAUAAUCCUUAGUGGUUGUUUGUGCUUUUGAAUUGGCAGAUUGUAAUAGAGCAGCCUUAAUAAAGCUGUCUGGAUUGACUGUUUAAAUUUUACAUAGAUCAUAAAUAUAAGGGAUAAAGUUUACUUUAUUAGGGAUAUUUUUAAAUGGCCUCGUUUCUUUUAAGAUGUCAAAACUACUAUCGAGAGAAACCUGACUGCAGUGUAAUGAAACAGUCUUGCUUUUAGAGUGGCUGGCUCACAGUAGCUGAUGUAGUUUAAAAAAAUAAAGACUUCAAUGUGUCUUUGAGGCUGGCCCCUCAAAACAGGAGAAGAGUAAGUCAUUACUCUGUCUACUCAGGCUGUGUAGCAAUGUUAGCAAUGAUGAUGUUGCCUUUACUGCAACGAGACUGUACUUGACCACUGUCUGAUAAAUACAACAUAUGACGUUACCGAAGUGUUAUAUCAGACAUAGUGAUGCUUAUCCUUGGGCUUUUUCGGUGACUGAUCAGGAGAGUGUGUUUGGUUUUGAUGUCACAACACAUAAGCUGAAAUAACAGUAAAGGAGCUCUUUGGCAUCUCAGAAGGAGAUGUUCAAUUAAAUAUCACAAGGAACAAAUCAAUCAAUACUUUAAUGUUCUUGUAUGCUCAUAAUGUACGUAUUAAACUGCAGAAAACCUCA